AACUCCUCUAGUGUCUGUGUUUUAUGGGAGUGGUUUGUUACAUGAAGUUUUCAUAUAAAGAUCCAUCGUUGCAGACAUAGUCUCAACUUUAUUUCUUGACCUCACUCCAAAGCAGCACAUCUGCUCUCCACAAUUCAAACAUGGGAGUCACAAUCAACAAAUACAUUCUUUUGUUUUCAGUCUUUUGGUUUCAACCUACCACAACCUGCGACAGUAUAACCUCGACUACAACAACCUGCGACAGCAGAACCUCGCUCUUAACAACCUACCACAACAAUGAGGAGUUCAGGAUAUUCAUGGUUGGGAAGACGGGAGUUGGGAAGAGCGCCACAGGAAACAGCAUUCUGGGAAAACAGAUCUUUGAAACAAAGUUCUCCCCUACAUCUUUGACUAAAGUCUGUAAAAAGGCCUUUGGUGAAGUGGACGGGCAAAAGGUUUCUGUUAUUGACUCUCCAGGUCUGUUUGACACCAGGACUAAUGAAAGCAAAACCUGUGAAGAAAUAGUCCGGUGCAUGUAUUAUGCUGCUCCUGGACCACAUGUCUUCCUGAUCAUCAUCACACUGGGCAGAUACACAGAGGAAGAAAUGAAAACAGUGCUGAAGAUUCAGGAACUGUUUGGAGAGGGAGCAGACAGAUACAGCAUGGUUCUCUUUACCCACGGUGAUCUGCUCAAAGGGAAACCUAUUGAGGAGUUCUUGAAUGAAAGCGAAGACUUGAUGGAACUUGUGGCCAAAUGUUACGGCCACUACCACGUCUUCAAUAAUAAGGAGAAAGAUCAGUCGGAGGUCAGAGAGCUGCUCUACAAGAUCAGAUACAUAUUGGCGGAGAACGGAGGAAGCCAUUACACCACUGAAAUGUUCCAGAAGGCAGAGGAGGCGGUUGAAAAGGAAAAACAACGAAUCCUUAAAGAGAGAGAAGAGCAAAUGCGCAAACAGGAGGAGGAGCUGAGGAAAAAACUGGAGGAAAAGUUUGAGCAACAAAUUAGGGAAGUGAAGGAUGAAAUGAGAAGAGUGAUUAAGUUAUUGCAAUCUUUUGAAAGAGAAACUAAAGGGGAACUUGUCAAACUGAGGAAGCUGUUGGAAACUAUGGCUAGACGAGAGGCUGAGAAUAGCACUUCAUGUCUUUUGGUUUCAACCUACCACAACCUGCGACAGUAUAACCUCGACUACAACAACCUGCGACAGCAGAACCUCGCUCUUAACAACCUACCACAACAAUGA